CCGUCCAGCAGCGGGCGGGCUGCCGAGUUGCUGGCCCGGGAGAGUGGUGUCGUUCCUGGGUUCGUGGGGUUCGGCACCACAGCGACCACAGAGCUGGGCUAUGUGCCUGCUGUCCAUGGGGCAGAGGAGAUUGACAACCUGGUUGACGCUGACUUCCGCCUGGUGUUGAGGAAACUAUCCAAGAGAGACACCGUCACCAAACUGAAGGUAAGAUCUUAGAGAGAGAGAGAGAGAAGGAAAUAGAUAUACAGCUUUGCGGAGGCCAAAUCAACCUUCGUAUGGUAACGAUGUGCGCCUCCCAAAUUUUUGUAAAGAUGCGGAGGGCUCCACAUUGGCAUGAUUGGUUGACCGUAGAUGGGGGGCGGUGAGUCCUGUAUCAACACAAACUCGCUUCCUUGACAUUGGUCCACGUCUACUCCCACUCCUACACUAGCCGGCACAUUGGCCCACGUCUACUCCCACUCCUACACUAGCCAGCACAUUGGCCCACGUCUACUCCCACUCCUACACUAGCCAGCACAUUGGCCCACGUCUACUCCCACUCCUACACUAGCCGGCACAUUGGUCCACGUCUACUCCCACUCCUACACUAGCCAGCACAUUGGCCCACCGCCGGCACAUUGGUCCAUGUCUACUCCCACUCCUAAACUUGCCGGCACAUUGGUCCAAGUCUACUCCCACUCCUAAACUUGCCGGCACAUUGGUCCACGUCUACUCCCACUCCUACACUAGCCAGCACCUUGGCCCACGUCUACUCCCACUCCUACACUAGCCAGCACAUUGGCCCACGUCUACUCAGUGGCGCAGUGGUCUAAGGCACUGCAUCACAGUGCUAGCUGUGCCACUAGAGAUCCUGGUUCGAAUCCAGGCUCUGUCGCAGCCGGCCGCGACCGGGAGACUCAUGGGCGGCGCACAAUUGGCCCAGCGUCGUCCAGGGUAGGGGAGGGAAUGGCCGGCAGGGAUGUAGCUCAGUUGAUAGAGCAUGGCGUUUGCAACGGCAGGGUUGUGGGUUUGAUUCCCACGGGGGGCCAGUAUGAAAAAAAUUAAAUAUAUAUAUAUAUAUAUAUAUAUGUGUGUAUGUAUUCACUAACUGUAAGUCGCUCUGGAUAAGAGGAUCUGCUAAAUGACGUAAAUGUAAAUGUAAAUGUACUCCCACUCCUAAACUUGCCGGCACAUUGGUCCACGUCUACUCCCACUCCUAAACUUGCCGGCACAUUGGCCCACGUCUACUCCCACUCCUAAACUUGCCGGCACAUUGGUCCACGUCUACUCCCACUCCUAAACUUGCCGGCACAUUGGCCCACGUCUACUCCCACUCCUACACUAGCCAGCACAUUGGCCCACGUCUACUCCCACUCCUAAACUUGCCGGCACAUUGGUCCAAGUCUACUCCCACUCCUAAACUUGCCGGCACAUUGGUCCACGUCUACUCCUACACUUGCCGGCACAUUGGUCCACGUCUACUCCCACUCCUAAACUUGCCGGCACAUUGGUCCACGUCUACUCCCACUCCUAAACUUGCCGGCACAUUGGUCCACGUCUACUCCCACUCCUACACUAACCAGCACAUUGGUCCACGUCUACUCCCACUCCUACACUAGCCAGCACAUUGGCCAACAUCUACUCCCACUCCUAAACUUGCCGGCACAUUGGUCCACGUCUACUCCUACACUAGCCAGCACCUUGGUCCACGUCUACUCCCACUCCUACACUAGCCGGCACAUUGGUCCACGUCUACUCCCACUCCUACACUAGCCAGCACAUUGGCCCACGUCUACUCCCACUCCUAAACUUGCCGGCACAUUGGCCCACGUCUACUCCCACUCCUAAACUUGCCGGCACAUUGGUCCACGUCUACUCCUACACUAGCCGGCACAUUGGUCCACGUCUACUCCUACACUAGCCGGCACAUUGGUCCACGUCUACUCCCACUCCUACACUUGCCGGCACAUUGGUCCACGUCUACUCCCACUCCUACACUAGCCGGCAUGGGAGAUAUAAAGGGCUAAUCCGAGCUAGAAUGUGGUAAAAAUUGGACUAUAUGAAUUGGGCUCCAUAAAACAUUGGUAGAUUUUUUUUGUUGUUGCCGGCAACAUACGGUUAAGACUGUCUGUAAAUGGUAAUAGAGAGAGGAGAGAGUACCAAAAGCUGAUAUCACACAGAAUAGGGUGCCAGUCGCUUCCAUUCCCUUGGGAGAAGAAUGUUCGAGGGCUAGUACACGGAUGCACACACGCACGCAAACAUACACUCUAACACACACACACACACACACACACACACACACACACACACACACACACACACACACACACACACACACGCCCUGUCCCGGAGGCUCUGACAUUUUUCUCAGUUUUUCCUUUACAGGCAGUGCAGGAGUUUGGAGCUAUGUGUUAUAAUAUAAUGGUUUUCUCUACAGGCAGUGCAGGAGUUUGGAGCUAUGUGUUAUAAUAUAAUGGUUUUCCCCUACAGGCAGUGCAGGAGUUUGGAGCUAUGUGUUAUAAUAUAAUGGUUUUCCCCUACAGGCAGUGCAGGAGUUUGGAGCUAUGUGUCAGGAGCGGGACUCGGAGGUAGUUAAAGGAGUUUUACCUUACUGGCCCAGGAUCUACUGCAAGAUAUCAGUGGUGAGUCUUAGUGAGCUGCUACACUUGGGGGGUCUCAAGUCUUUGCAUAUCGUAUGUGAUCCUUGUGGGACUUGAACCCAUGACUGAUUAUGUUGUUGAUUCCAGGACCACGACCGGCGUGUGAGAGAGGCAACCCAGCAGGCGUUUGAACAGCUGGUCCUUAAGGUGAGAGACAGAAAGCCCAAAAGACACACAGACAGCAGGACGGACGUACAGACACACACACUUGAAUAACCCAUUGAUCCCUGUAUAACCCCAGGUGCGUCGUAGUCUAGCCCCCUACCUGAAGAGUGUGAUGGGCCACUGGCUGCUGUCUCAGUGUGACAGCUAUCCCCCUGCUGCCUCUGCUGCCUGCCAGGCCUUCAGCGCUGCCUUCCCCCCCAGCAAACAGGCUGAGGCGCUUAGCUUCUGCAAGGACGAGGUUCUCACUGUGAGUAGUCUAUUCUAUAGUAAAGAGAGAGGUCUUCACUGUCAGUAGUCUAUUCUAUAGUAAAGAGAGAGGUCCUCACUGUCAGUAGUCUAUUCUAUAGUAAAGAGAGAGGUCUUCACUGUCAGUAGUCUAUACUAUAGUAAAGAGAGAGGUCCUCACUGUCAGUAGUCUAUACUAUAGGAAAGAGAGAGGUCUUCACUGUCAGUAGUCUAUACUAUAGUAAAGAGAGAGGUCCUCACUGUCAGUAGUCUAUACUAUAGUAGAGAGAGGUCUUCACUGUCAGUAGUCUAUACUAUAGUAGAGAGAGGUCUUCACUGUCAGUAGUCUAUACUAUAGUAGAGAGGUCUUCACUGUCAGUAGUCUAUACUAUAGUAAAGAGAGAGGUCUUCACUGUCAGUAGUCUAUACUAUAGUAGAGAGAGAGGUCCUCACUGUCAGUAGUAUAUAUACCUAUAGUAAAGAGAGAGGUCCUCACUGUCAGUAGUCUAUACUAUAGUAAAGAGAGAGGUAUUCACUGUCAGUAGUCUAUACUAUAGUAAAGAGAGAGGUCUUCACUGUCAGUAGUCUAUACUAUAGUAAAGAGAGACGUCCUCACUGUCAGUAGUCUAUACUAUAGUAAAGAGAGAGGUCUCACUGUCAGUAGUCUAUACUAUAGUAGAGAGAGAGGUCCUCUGUCAGUAGUCUAUAUAUAGUAAAGGAGGGUCCUACUGUCAGAUUCUAUACUAUGUAAGAGAGAGGUCCUCACUGUCAGUAGUCUAUACUAUAGUAAAGAGAGAGGUCUCACUGUCAGUAGUCUAUACUAUAGUAAGAGAGAGGUCCUCACUGUCAGUAGUCUAUAUAUAGUAAAGAGAGAGUCCUCACUGUCAGUAGUCUAUUUAUAGUAAAGAGAGAGGUCCUUCACUGUCAGUAGUCUAUACUAUAGUAGAGAGAGGUCCUCACUGUCAGUAGUCUAUACUAUAGUGGAGAGGUCCUCACUGUCAGUAGUCUAUACUAUAGUAAGAGAGAUCCUCACUGUCAGUAGUCUAUACUAUAGUAGAGAGAGGUCUCACUGUCAGUAGUCUAUACUAUGUAGAGAGUGUCCUCACUGUCAGUAGUCUAUACUAUAGUAAAGAGAGAGGACCUCACUGUCAGUAGUCUAUACUAAUAGUAAGUGAGAGAGGUCCUCACUGUCAGUAAGGUUAUAACUAUAGUAAGAGAGAGGUCCUCACUUUCAUAGUCUAACUAAGUAAAGAUAGAGGUCCUCACUGUCAGUAUCUGAUCUAUAGUAAAGAGAAGAGGUCCCUCAACUGUCAGUAAGUCUAUACUAUAGUAAAAGAGAGAGGUUCCUCACUGUCAGUAGUCCUUAUACUAUAGUAGAGAGAGAGGUCCUUCACUGGUCAGUAGUCUAUACUAAUAGUAGAGAGAUGGUCCUCACUGUCCAUAGUUCUAUACUAUAGUAGAGAGAGGUCCUCACUGUCAGUAGUCUAUACUAUAUUAGAGAGAGAGGUCUCACUGUCAGUAGUCUAUACGAUAGUAAGAGAGGUCCUCACUGUCAGUAGUCACUACUCUAGUAGAGAGAGGUCCUCACUGUCAGUAGUCUAUACUAGGUAGAGAGAGGAGGUCCUCACUGUCCAGGAGAUCUAAUAACUAUAGGAAAGAGAGAGGUCCUCACUGUCCAGUAGUCUAUACUUAUAAGUGAAAGAGAGAGGUCAUCACUGUCAGUAGUCUAUACUAUCAGUAAGAGAGAGGUCUCACUGUCAAGUUAGUCUAGACUAGAAUGGAGAGAGAAGGUCCUCACUGUCAGUAGUCUAUACUAUAGUAAAGAGAGAGGUCCUCACUGUCAGUAGUCUAUACUAUAGUAAAGAGAGAGUCCUCACUGUCAGUAGUCUAUACUAUAGUAAAGAGAGAGGUCCUCCUGUCAGUAGUCAUACUAGUAGAGAGAGAGGUCCUCACUGUCAGUAGUCUAUACUAUAGUAAAGGAGAGGUUCUCACUGUCAGUAGUCUUAUUAUAGUAAGAGAGGGUCCUCACUGUCAUAGUCUAUACUAUAUAAAGAGAGAGGUCUCACUGUCAGUAGUCAUACUAUAGUAAAGAGAGGAGGAUCCUCACUGUCAGUAGUCUAUACUAUAGAAAGAGAGAGAGGUCCUCACUGUCAGUAGUCUAUACUCUAGUAAGAGGCCUCACGUCAGUCAUACUAUGUAGAGGUGUCAUGUCAGUCUAUACUAUAGUAAGAGGGUUCACUGUCAGUAGUCUAUACUAUAGUAGAGAGAGGUCCUCACUGUCAGUAGUCUAUACUAUAGUAAGAGAGAAGGUCCUCACUGUCAGUAGUCUAUACUAUAGUAGAGAGAGGUCCUCACUGUCAGUAGUCUAUACUAUAGAAAGAGAGGUCCUCACUGUCAGUAGUUUAUUCUAUAGUAAAGAGAGAGGUCCUCACUGUCAGUAGUCUAUACUAUAGUAAAGAGAGAGGUCCUCACUGUCAGUAGUCUAACUAUAGUAAAGAGAGAGGUCUUCACUGUCAGUAGUCUAUACUAUAGUAAAGAGAGAGGUCCUCACUGUCAGUAGUCUAUACUAUAGUAAGAGAGAGGAUCUCACUGUCAGUAGUCUAUACGAUAGUAGAGAGAGUUUCCUCACUGUCAGUAGUCUAUACUAUAGUAAAGAGAAAGGUCUCACUGUCAGUAGUCUAUACUAUGUAAAGAGAGGUCCUCACUGUCAGUAGUCUAUACUAUAGUAAGAGAGGAGGUCCUCACUGUCAGUAGUCUAACUAUAGUAAAGAGAGAGGUCUUCACUGUCAGUAGUCUAUACUAUAGUAAAGAGAGAGGUCCUCACUGUCAGUAGUCUAUACUAUAGUAAAGAGAGAGGUCCUCACUGUCAGUAGUCUAUACUAUAGUAAAGAGAGAGGUCCUCACUGUCAGUAGUCUAUACUAUAGUAAAGAGAGAGGUCUUCACUGUCAGUAGUCUAUACUAUAGUAAAGAGAGAGGUCCUCACUGUCAGUAGUCUAUACUAUAGUAGAAGAGAGGUCCUCACUGUCAGUAGUCUAUACUAUAGUAAAGAGAGGUCCUCACUGUCAGUAGUCUAUACUAUAGUAAAGAGAGAGGUCCUCACUGUCAGUAGUCUAUACUAUAGUAGAGAGGUCCUCACUGUCAGUAGUCUAUACUAUAGUAAAGAGAGAGGUCCUCACUGUCAGUAGUCUAUACUAUAGUAAAGAGAGAGGUCCUCACUGUCAGUAGUCUAUACUAUAGUAAAGAGAGAGGUCCUCACUGUCAGUAGUCUAUACUAUAGUAAAGAGAGAGGUCCUCACUGUCAGUAGUCUAUACUAUAGUAAAGAGAGAGGUCCUCACUGUCAGUAGUCUAUACUAUAGUAAAGAGAGAGGUCCUCACUGUCAGUAGUCUAUACUAUAGUAAAGAGAGAGGUCCUCACUGUCAGUAGUCUAUACUAUAGUAGAGAGAGGUCCUCACUGUCAGUAGUCUAUACUAUAGUGGAGAGGUCCUCACUGUCAGUAGUCUAUACUAUAGUAGAGAGGUCCUCACUGUCAGUAGUCUAUACUAUAGUAGAGAGAGGUCCUCCACUGUUAGUAGUCUAUACUAUAGUAGAGAGAGGUCCUCACUGUCAGUAGUCUAUACUAUAGUAAGAGAGAGGUCCUCACUGUCAGUAGUCUAUACUAUAGUAGAGAGAGGUCCUCACUGUCAUUUAGUCUAUAUUAUAGUAAAGAGGGGAGCCUGUCAUACUAUACUAUAGUAGUCCUACUUAUAGCAUAAAGAGAGAGGUCCUCACUGUCAGUAGUCUAUACUAUAGUAAGAGAGAGGUCUCACUGUCAGUAGUCUAUACUAUAGUAAAGAGAGAGGUAUUCACUGUCAGAGAGAGGUCCUCACUGUCAGUAGUCUAUACUAUAGUAGAGAGAGUCCUCACUGUCAGUAGUCUAUACUAUAGUAAGAGAGAGGUCCUCACUGUCAGUAGUCUAUACUAUAGUAAAGAGAGAGGUCCUCACUGUCAGUAGUCUAUACUAUAGUAAAGAGAGGUCCUCACUGUCAGUAGUCUAUACUAUAGUAAAGAGAGAGGUCCUCACUGUCAGUAGUCUAUACUAUAGUAAAGAGAGAGGUCCUCACUGUCAGUAGUCUAUACUAUAGUAAAGAGAGAGGUCCUCACUGUCAGUAGUCUAUACUAUAGUAAAGAGAGAGGUCCUCACUGUCAGUAGUCUAUACUAUAGUAAAGAGAGAGGUCCUCACUGUCAGUAGUCUAUACUAUAGUAAGAGAGAGGUCCUCACUGUCAGUAGUCUAUACUAUAGUAAGAGAGAGGUCCUCACUGUCAGUAGUCUAUACUAUAGUAAGAGAGAGGUCCUCACUGUCAGUAGUCUAUACUAUAGUAAGAGAGAGGUCCUCACUGUCAGUAGUCUAUACUAUAGUAAGAGAGAGGUCUCACUGUCAGUAGUCUAUACUAUAGUAAGAGAGAGGUCCUCACUGUCAGUAGUCUAUACUAUAGUAAGAGAGAGGUCCUCACUGUCAGUAGUCUAUACUAUAGUAAGAGAGAGGUCCUCACUGUCAGUAGUCUAUACUAUAGUAAAGAGAGAGGUCCUCACUGUCAGUAGUCUAUACUAUAGUAAAGAGAGAGGUCCUCACUGUCAGUAGUCUAUACUAUAGUAAAGAGAGAGGUCCUCACUGUCAGUAGUCUAUACUAUAGUAAAGAGAGAGGUCCUCACUGUCAGUAGUCUAUACUAUAGUAAAGAGAGAGGUCCUCACUGUCAGUAGUCUAUACUAUAGUAAAGAGAGAGGUCCUCACUGUCAGUAGUCUAUACUAUAGUAAAGAGAGGUCCUCACUGUCAGUAGUCUAUACUAUAGUAAGAGAGAGGUCCUCACUGUCAGUAGUCUAUUACUAUAGUAAGAGAGAGGUCCUCACUGUCAGUAGUCUAUACUAUAGUAAAGAGAGAGGUCCUCACUGUCAGUAGUCUAUACUAUAGUAAAGAGAGAGUCCUCACUGUCAGAGUCUAUACUAUAGUAAGAGAGAGGUCCUCACUGUCAGUAGUCUAUACUAUAGUAAAGAGAGAGGUCCUCACUGUCAGUAGUCUAUUACUAUAGUAAGAGAGAGGUCCUCACUGUCAGUAGUCUAUACUAUAGUAGAGAGAGAGGUCCUCACUGUCAGUAGUCUAUACUAUAGUAAAGAGAGAGGUCCUCACUGUCAGUAGUCUAUACUAUAGUAGAGAGAGGGUCCUCACUGUCAGUGUCUAUAUUAUAGUAAGAGAGAGGUCCUCACUGUCAGUAGUUAUACUAUAGUAGAGAGAGGUCCUCACUGUCAGUAGUCUAUACUAUAGUAGGAGAGGUCCUCACUGUCAGUAGUCUAUUACUAUAGUAAAGAGAGAGGUCCUCACUGUCAGUAGUCUAUCUAUAGUAGAGAGAGGUCUCUCACUGUCAGUAGUCCUAUACUAGUAAGAGAGAGUCCUCACUGUCAGUAGUCUAUACUAUAGUAAAGAGAGAGGUCCUCACUGUCAGUAGUCUAUACUAUAGUAAAGAGAGAGGUCCUCACUGUCAGUAGUCUAUACUAUAGUAAAGAGAGAGGUCCUCACUGUCAGUAGUCUAUACUAUAGUAAGAGAGAGGUCCUCACUGUCAGUAGUCUAUACUAUAGUAAAGAGAGAGGUCCUCACUGUCAGUAGUCUAUACUAUAGUAAAGAGAGAGGUCCUCACUGUCAGUAGUCUAUACUAUAGUAAGAGAGAGGUUCACUGUCAGUAGUCUAUACUAUAGUAGAGGAGGUUCACUGUCAGUAGUCUAUACUAUAGUAAGAGAGAGGUCUUCACUGUCAGUAGUCUAUACUAUAGUAAAGAGAGAGGUCUCACUGUCAGUAGUCUAUACUAUAGUAAAGAGAGAGGUCAUCACUGUCAGUAGUCUAUACUAUAGUAAAGAGAGAGGUCUCACUGUCAGUAGUCUAUAUAUAGUAAAGAGAGAGGUCCUCACUGUCAGUAGUCUAUACUAUAGUAAAGAGAGAGGUCCUCACUGUCAGUAGUCUAUACUAUAGUAAGAGAGAGGUCCUCACGUCAGUAGUCUAUACUAUAGUAAAGAGGAGGUCCUCACUGUCAGUAGUCUAUAAUAUAGUAAAGAGAGAGGUCCUCACUGUCAGUAGUCUAUAUAUAGUAAAGAGAGAGGUCCUUCACUAGUCAGUAGUCUAUCUAUAGUAAGGAGAGAGGUCCUCACUGUCAGUAGUCUAUACUAUAGUAAGAGAGAGGUCUUCACUGUCAGUAGGUCUAUACUAUGUAAAGAGAGAGGUCCUCACUGUCAGUAGUCUAUACUAUAGUAAAGAGAGAGGUCCUCACUGUCAGUAGUCUAUACUAUAGUAUAAAGAGAGGCGGUCCCCUCACUGUCAGUUCAGUCUAUACUAUAGUAAAGAGAGAUGGUCCUCACUGUCCAGUAGUCUUUAUACUUAUAGUAAGAGAGAGGUCCUCACUGUCAGUAGUCUUUAUAUAGUAUAAAGAGAGAGGAUGGUCCUCACUGUCCGUAGUCUAUGACUCUAGCUAAAGAGAGAGGUCCUCACUGUCCAGUAGUCUAUACUAUAGUACAGAGAGAGGUCCUCACUGUCAGUAUAGCUAUACUAUAGUAAAGAGACGGAGGUCUUCAAUGUCAGUUAAGGUCUAUCCUAUAGUUAAAGAGAGAGGUCCUCACUGUCAGUAGUCUCUUACUAUAGUAAAGAGAGAGGUCCUCACGUCAGUAGCUAUACGAUAGUAGAGAGAGGUCUCACUGUCAUAGUCUAUGAAUAUAGUAAAAAGAGAGAGGUCCUCACUGUCAGUAGUCUAUACUAUAGUAAAGAGAGAGUCCUCACUGUCAGUAGUCUAUACUAUAGUAAAGAGAGAGGUCCUCACUGUCAGUAGUCUAUACUAUAGUAGAGAGAGAGGUCCUCACUGUCAGUAGUCUAUACUAUAGUAAAGAGAGGUCUUCCACUGUCGUAGUCUAUACUAUAGUAGAGAGAGAGGUCCUCACUGUCAGUAGUCUAUACUAUAGUAAGAGAGAGGUCUCACUGUCCAGUAGUCUAUACUUAGUAAGAGAGAGGUCCUCACUGUCAGUAGUCUAUACUAUAGUAAAGAGAGAGGUCCUCACUGUCAGUAGUUCUAUACUUAGUAAGAGAGAGGUCCUCACUGUCAGUAGUCUAUACUAUAGUAGAGAGAGAGGUCCUCACUGUCAGUAGUCUGAUACUAUAGUAGAGAGAGGUCCUCACUGUCCAGUAGUCUACUACUAAGUAGAGAGAGAGGGUCCUCACUGUCAGUAGUCUAUACUAUAGUAAAGUGAGAGGUCUUCACUGUCAGUAGUCUAUAUUAUAGUAAAGAGAGAGGUCCUCACUGUCAGUAGUCUAUAUUAUAGUAAAGAGAGAGGUCUUCACUGUCAGUAGUCUAUACUAUAGUAGAGAGAGGUCCUCACUGUCAGUAGUCUAUACUAUAGUAAAGAGAGAUCCUCACUGUCAGUAGUCUAUACUAUAGUAGAGAGAGGUCUUCACUGUCAGUAGUCUAUACUAUAGUAGAGAGUUCCUCACUGUCAGUAGUCUAUACUAUAGUAAAGAGAGAGGACCUCACUGUCAGUAGUCUAUACUAUAGUAGAGAGGUCCUCACUGUCAGUAGUCUAUACUAUAGUAAAGAGAGAGGUCCUCACUGUCGGUAGUCUAUACUAUAGUAAAGAGAGAGGUCCUCACUGUCAGUAGUCUAUACAAUAGAAAAGAGGUCCUCACUGUCAGUAGUCUAUACUAUAGUAAAGAGAGAGGUCCUCACUGUCAGUAGUCUAUACUAUAGUAAAGAGAGAGGUCCUCACUGUCAGUAGUCUAUACUAUAGUAGAGAGAGGUCUUCACUGUCAGUAGUCUAUACUAUAGUAAAGAGAGAGGUCCUCACUGUCAGUAGUCUAUACUAUAGUAAAGAGAGAGGUCCUCACUGUCAGUAGUCUAUACUAUGUAAAGAGAGAGGUCCUCACUGUCAGUAGUCUAUACUAUAGUAAAGAGAGAGGUCCUCACUGUCAGUAGUCUAUACUAUAGUAAAGAGAGAGGUCCUCACUGUCAGUAGUCUAUACUAUAGUAAAGAGAGAGGUCCUCACUGUCAGUAGUCUAUACUAUAGUAAAGAGAGAGGUCCUCACUGUCAGUAGUCUAUACUAUAGUAAAGAGAGAGGUCCUCACUGUCAGUAGUCUAUACUAUAGUAGAGAGAGAGGUCCUCACUGUCAGUAGUCUAUACUAUAGUAUAGAGAGAGGUCCUCAUUGUCAGUAGUCUAUAUUAUAGUAAAGAGAGAGGUCCUCACUGUCAGUAGUCUAUACUAUAGUAAAGAGAGAGGUCCUCACUGUCAGUAGUCUAUACUAUAGUAAAGAGAGAGGUCCUCACUGUCAGUAGUCUAUACUAUAGUAAAGAGAGAGGUCCUCACUGUUAGUAGUCUAUAUUAUAGUAAAGAGAGAGGUCCUCACUGUAAGUAGUCUAUACUAUAGUAAAGAGAGAGGUCCUCACUGUCAGUAGUCUAUAUUAUAGUAAAGAGAGAGGUCCUCACUGUCAGUAGUCUAUACUAUAGUAAAGAGAUCCUCACUGUCAGUAGUCUAUACUAUAGUAGAGAGAGAGGUCCUCACUGUCAGUAGUCUAUACUAUAGUAAAGAGAGAGGUCUUCACUGUCAGUAGUCUAUACUAUAGUAGAGAGAGAGGUCCUCACUGUCAGUAGUCUAUACUCUAGUAGAGAGGUCCUCACUGUCAGUAGUCUAUACUAUAGUAGAGGUGUUCACUGUCAGUAGUCUAUACUAUAGUAGAGGUGUUCACUGUCAGUAGUCUAUACUAUAGUAGAGAGAGGUCCUCACUGUCAGUAGUCUAUACUAUAGUAGAGAGAGAGGUCCUCACUGUCAGUAGUCUAUACUAUAGUAGAGAGAGGUCCUCACUGUCAGUAGUCUAUACUAUAGUAGAGAGGUCCUCACUGUCAGUAGUUUAUUCUAUAGUAAAGAGAGAUGUCCUCACUGUCAGUAGUCUAUACUAUAGUAAAGAGAGAGGUCCUCACUGUCAGUAGUCUAUACUAUAGUAAAGAGAGAGGUCCUCACUGUCAGUAGUCUAUACUAUAGUAGAGAGAGAGGCUUCACUGUCAGUAGUCUAUUCUAUAGUAAAGAGAGAGGUCCUCACUGUCAGUAGUUUAUUCUAUAGUAAAGAGAGAUGUCCUCACUGUCAGUAGUCUAUACUAUAGUAAAGAGAGAGGUCCUCACUGUCAGUAGUCUAUACUAUAGUAGAGAGAGAGGUCCUCACUGUCAGUAGUCUAUACUAUAGUAAAGAGAGAGGUCUUCACUGUCAGUAGUCUAUACUAUAGUAAAGAGAGAGGUCCUCACUGUCAGUAGUCUAUACUAUAGUAAAGAGAGAGGAUCUCACUGUCAGUAGUCUAUACUAUAGUAGAGAGAGAGGUCCUCACUGUCAGUAGUCUAUACUAUAGUAGAGAGAAAGGUCUUCACUGUCAGUAGUCUAUACUAUAGUAAAGAGAGGUCCUCACUGUCAGUAGUCUAUACUAUAGUAAAGAGAGAGGUCCUCACUGUCAGUAGUCUAUACUAUAGUAAAGAGAGGUCUUCACUGUCAGUAGUCUAUACUAUAGUAAAGAGAGAGGUCCUCACUGUCAGUAGUCUAUACUAUAGUAAAGAGAGAGGAUCUCACUGUCAGUAGUCUAUACUAUAGUAAAGAGAGAGGUCCUCACUGUCAGUAGUCGAUACUAUAGUAGAGAGAGGUCUUCACUGUCAGUAGUCUAUACUAUAGUAAAGAGAGAGGUCAUCACUGUCAGUAGUCUAUACUAUAGUAGAGAGAGAGGUCCUCACUGUCAGUAGUCUAUACUAUAGUAAAGAGAGAGGUCCUCACUGUCAGUAGUCUAUACUAUAGUAGAGAGAGGUCCUCACUGUCAGUAGUUUAUUCUAUAGUAAAGAGAGAUGUCCUCACUGUCAGUAGUCUAUACUAUAGUAGAGAGAGAGGUCCUCACUGUCAGUAGUCUAUACUAUAGUAGAGAGAGAGGUCCUCACUGUCAGUAGUCUAUACUAUAGUAAAGAGAGAGGUCCUCACUGUCAGUAGUCUAUACUAUAGUAAAGAGAGAGGUCUUCACUGUCAGUAGUCUAUACUAUAGUAAAGAGAGAGGUCCUCACUGUCAGUAGUCUAUACUAUAGUAGAGAGAGGUCUUCACUGUCAGUAGUCUAUACUAUAGUAAAGAGAGAGGUCCUCACUGUCAGUAGUCUAUACUAUAGUAAAGAGAGAGGUCCUCACUGUCAGUAGUCUAUACAAUAGAAAAGAGGUCUUCACUGUCAGUAGUCUAUACUAUAGUAAAGAGAGAGGAUCUCACUGUCAGUAGUCUAUACUAUAGUAGAGAGAGAGGUCCUCACUGUCAGUAGUCUAUACUAUAGUAAAGAGAGAGGUCCUCACUGUCAGUAGUCUAUACUAUAGUAGAGAGAGAGGUCUUCACUGUCAGUAGUCUAUACUAUAGUAAAGAGAGAGGUCCUCACUGUCAGUAGUCUAUACUAUAGUAAAGAGAGGUCCUCACUGUCAGUAGUCUAUACUAUAGUAAAGAGAGAGGUCCUCACUGUCAGUAGUCUAUACUAUAGUAAAGAGAGAGGUCCUCACUGUCAAUAGUCGAUACUAUAGUAAAGAGAGAGGUCCUCACUGUCAGUAGUCUAUACUAUAGUAAAGAGAGAGGUCCUCACUGUCAGUAGUCUAUACUAUAGUAAAGAGAGAGGUCUUCACUGUCAGUAGUCUAUACUAUAGUAGAGGUCCUCACUGUCAGUAGUCUAUACUAUAGUAAAGAGAGAGGUCCUCACUGUCAGUAGUCUAUACUAUAGUAGAGAGAGAGGUCUUCACUGUCAGUAGUCUAUACUAUAGUAGAGAGAGAGGUCCUCACUGUCAGUAGUCUAUACUAUAGUAGAGAGAGGUCCUCACUGUCAGUAGUCUAUACUAUAGUAAAGAGAGAGGUCUUCACUGUCAGUAGUCUAUACUAUAGUAAAGAGAGAGGUCCUCACUGUCAGUAGUCUAUACUAUAGUAAAGAGAGAGGUCUUCACUGUCAGUAGUCUAUACUAUAGUAGAGAGAGGUCCUCACUGUCAGUAGUCUAUACUAUAGUAGAGAGAGGUCCUCACUGUCAGUAGUCUAUACUAUAGUAAAGAGAGAGGUCCUCACUGUCAGUAGUCUAUACUAUAGUAGAGAGAGGUCUUCACUGUCAGUAGUCUAUACUAUAGUAAAGAGAGAGGUCCUCACUGUCAGUAGUCUAUACUAUAGUAAAGAGAGAGGUCCUCACUGUCAGUAGUCUAUACUAUAGUAAAGAGAGAGGUCCUCACUGUCAGUAGUCUAUAUUAUAGUAAAGAGAGAGGUCCUCACUGUCAGUAGUCUAUACUAUAGUAGAGAGAGAGGUCAUCACUGUCAGUAGUCUAUACUAUAGUAGAGAGAGAGGUCCUCACUGUCAGUAGUCUAUACUAUAGUAAAGAGAGAGGUCUUCACUGUCAGUAGUCUAUACUAUAGUAGAGAGAGAGGUCCUCACUGUCAGUAGUCUAUACUAUAGUAGAGAGAGAGGUCCUCACUGUCAGUAGUCUAUACUAUAGUAAAGAGAGAGGUCCUCACUGUCAGUAGUCUAUACUAUAGUAGAGAGAGAGGUCCUCACUGUCAGUAGUCUAUACUAUAGUAAAGAGAGGUCUUCACUGUCAGUAGUCUAUACUAUAGUAAAGAGAGAGGUCCUCACUGUCAGUAGUCUAUACUAUAGUAAAGAGAGAGGUCUUCACUGUCAGUAGUCUAUACUAUAGUAGAGGUCCUCACUGUCAGUAGUCUAUACUAUAGUAGAGAGAGGUCUUCACUGUCAGUAGUCUAUACUAUAGUAAAGAGAUAGGUCCUCACUGUCAGUAGUCUAUACUAUAGUAAAGAGAGAGGUCCUCACUGUCAGUAGUCUAUACUAUAGUAGAGAGAGAGGUCCUCACUGUCAGUAGUCUAUACUAUAGUAAAGAGAGAGGUCUUCACUGUCAGUAGUCUAUACUAUAGUAGAGAGGUCUUCACUGUCAGUAGUCUAUACUAUAGUAGAGAGAGGUCCUCACUGUCAGUAGUCUAUACUAUAGUAAAGAGAGAGGUCCUCACUGUCAGUAGUCUAUACUAUAGUAAAGAGAGAGGUCUUCACUGUCAGUAGUCUAUACUAUAGUAAAGAGAGAGGUCCUCACUGUCAGUAGUCUAUACUAUAGUAGAGAGGUCCUCACUGUCAGUAGUCUAUACUAUAGUAAAGAGAGAGGUCAUCACUGUCAGUAGUCUAUACUAUAGUAGAGAGGUCCUCACUGUCAGUAGUCUAUACUAUAGUAAAGAGAGGUCCUCACUGUCAGUAGUCUAUACUAUAGUAGAGAGAGGUCCUCACUGUCAGUAGUCUAUACUAUAGUAAAGAGAGAGGUCCUCACUGUCAGUAGUCUAUACUAUAGUAGAGAGGUCCUCACUGUCAGUAGUCUAUACUAUAGUAGAGGUCCUCACUGUCAGUAGUCUAUACUAUAGUAGAGAGAGGUCCUCACUGUCAGUAGUCUAUACUAUAGUAGAGAGAGGUCCUCACUGUCAGUAGUCUAUACUAUAGUAAAGAGAGAGGUCCUCACUGUCAGUAGUCUAUACUAUUGUAGAGAGAGGUCCUCACUGUCAGUAGUCUAUACUAUAGUAAAGAGAGGUCCUCACUGUCAGUAGUCUAUACUAUAGUAGAGAGAGAGGUCCUCACUCUCAGUAGUCUAUACUAUAGUAGAGAGGUCCUCACUGUCAGUAGUCUAUACUAUAGUAAAGAGAGGUCCUCACUGUCAGUAGUCUAUACUAUAGUGGAGAGGUCCUCACUGUCAGUAGUCUAUACUAUAGUAAAGAGAGGUCCUCACUGUCAGUAGUCUAUACUAUAGUAGAGAGAGAGGUCCUCACUGUCAGUAGUCUAUACUAUAGUAAAGAGAGGGUCCUCACUGUCAGUAGUCUAUACUAUAGUGGAGAGGUCCUCACUGUCAGUAGUCUAUACUAUAGUAAAGAGAGGUCCUCACUGUCAGUAGUCUAUACUAUAGUAAAGAGAGAGGUCCUCACUGUCAGUAGUCUAUACUAUAGUAAAGAGAGAGGGGAGGUUGGGUCAGGCGGGGGUGGUGUUGAGGGUGAAGAUUAUCAAAAUUAUGAAGAGGUCUUUAACCUGAGUGACGAUGAUGAUUGUGAUAGAUAUGAUGAUGAUUGUGAUAGUGAUUGUGAUAGAUAUGUGGUCCUCUGUAGCUCAAUUGGUAGAGCAUGGCGCUUGUAACGCCAGGGUAGUGGGUUCGAUCCCCGGGACCACCCAUACGUAAAAAUGUAUGCGCACAUGACUGUAAGUCGCUUUGGAUAAAAGUGUCUGCUAAAUGGCAUAUUAUUAUUAUUAUUAUUGUAUUAUAUUAUUAUAGAUAUGAUGAUGAUUGUGAUUGCGAUAGAUAUGAUGAUGAUUGUGAUUGCGAUAGAUAUGAUGAUGAUUGCGAUAGAUAUGAUGAUGAUGAUUGUGAUAGAUAUGAUGAUGAUUGCGAUAGAUAUGAUGAUGAUGAUUGUGAUAGAUAUGAUGAUGAUUGUGAUAGAUAUGGUGAUGAUUGUGAUAGAUAUGGUGAUGAUUGUGAUCGAUAUGAUGAUGAUUGUGAUAUGAUGAAGAUUGUGAUGAUGAUAAACUUUAGGUACUUCAAGACAACUUGCUGAAGGAGACGGCAGACACCCUGAGCGACCCACAGUGAGUAGUUGGUCUCUUUUUAUUACAACAAAACAAACUGCUCUUUAGCACCUCCGGGAGCUGGGUACUGGACUAUAAGAAAGAAUGAAGUCCUACCCAUAAUGCCAGAGAAGCUGUGAUCUGUAGCAUCGGCUAAAUAACCCUGGUUAGGGGGGUGUUGGGCCAGCACAGGUAAAGAGACUGGCUGAUUAAUGGACCUGUUGAUGAUGUGUUGUUAUGAGGAGUGUUCCAGAGGAGGAGAGGGAGGCCAAGUUUCUCCGGCUGCUUACCAGCUCUCUACUGGGGGUGAAGAGACUGCUGUCCUCCCUGCCCCAGACGGACAAACACGACCUGCAGGACAGACUGACACACCUCCUCAACCAGGCCAAGUUCUGGAAGUACGGCAGACACAAGACCCCACAGGUAUGGAGACGGGUACACGCACACGCGCACACACACGCACACACACACACACACACACACACACACACACACACACACUCCACUCCACCCUACUGACGCCCCCCGUGUGUCGUCCUCUGGUCUCUCUCCAGGUGCGUGGUGCGUUCUUCGAGGUGGUCUCUUCCCUGUAUGAACACACUCCAGGUCUGAUGCAGACUGAGGCAGCCAGAGUAUGUCCUGCUGUUCUGCUGUCUAUAGAUGACACUGACCCUGUGGUGCUGCCUCCUCUCUGGGAAGCUGUACUGCACACGCUCUCCACCUUAACAGUAAGUCUGGGGGGGGGGGGGGGGGGGGGGGGGGUGGAACCAUAGACAUUCAAACCAGUAGAUAGUUAUAGCGCUGACGUCAUCCACAUAUUCCUAUGGAAAACUCCCGAUGGCGCAUGAAGCUGGAAGGAUUUGAAUUUGAAGCGCGUCAUAUUGCUGAAUGGCACCCAAACAUUGCUAAGGAUCAUGGUGAAAGUGGCCAUAAAUAGCAAAGGAUCAUGGUUGAUGUAGUCUUUUUGGAUCAUGGUCGAUGUAGUCUUUUUGGAUCAUGGUCGAUGUAGUCUAUUUGGAUCUUGGUCGAUGUAG